CUAAAGGAUUUCCGGUCACCUGGUUUUUAUCCGAGGACAUGAGAUGUCAUGUAACAUUACAGGAUAGUAUUUCGGCAACCAGUGUUUUAAGCAUAAUUCAUUCCAACGUUUCGAUGAAGCAAGUUCACAGUCUUCGACACGACCUUGAAGAAAAAAACGCAUUACUUUCAACAGUACAAAAACAACUUAGCAAACAUCAACCAAACGGUACAAACGGAAAUAUGACGAACGAAUCCACUACAGGAAGGGUUAUCGAACAUUUACAGGCCGAAAUCGAUAGUUUAAAAAAGGAACUUGCUGAAUCAAAAACUUUAAUUCAUGUGGCCAAAGUUGCUCGUGAAAGGGCUGAAAGACAAGUUUCGGAACAUUUAGCUUCACAUCAAACUUUACGUCUUGAAAUUGAUUCUUUGAAAAGAAUGUUUGAACGUAAAGAAAGACAAUCCAAGGAAUUAGAGGAAUCAACAAAAGAUAUUGAGAAAAGAAAUUCGGACAUGAAGUUUGAACGAGAUAACGCUUAUACAAGACUUCGUCAAUCCGAAUUAAAAGUAUCAGAUUUGGAAAGAAAAUUACAAGAAGCUUUAGCUUUAAAAGAAAAAUCUGAAAUUGAAUAUUCACUCUUAUCUAAAGAAAUGCAAUCCUUUAAAACUAGAUAUGCUAAUGAUGUUGAAAUCGUUAAAAAAGAAUUUAAAAUUCUUCGAAAAGAGAUGAGUUCAACUUCAAGAUCAUUAGAAGAUGUUGUUUUAAUGACUAGUGUUAAGGUUGAAGAAAUAACCUCGGAGCGUACAGAAGAGAUAGGAAAUUUAGAAUCUAUUGCUGAUAAAUUGAAAGAAAAUCAAGAAAAACAUGCUCAAAGAUUAUUGAAAGAAAUUGAAGCUAUGAAAAAAGACGUAGAACAUUCAAGUCAGAAGACAAGUGAACAUAGUGAACAAGUUGCAAAGAUGAAAGGUGAAAUUGUAGGAAAAUUAAACUGGCUAAAACGAGUACAACGAACUUGA